UCCCGCAGGAGCCGACACGCCGCGGCGCCGCCCUGCCCUCGCAGCCGCUCUGCCUCCCGCCCGCGGCGGGGUCAGCCCUCCGCCGGGCUGCAGAGCUCGUUGUGCAGAGGGCUGCGGGAAAAGACAUGGAAGCGCCCACGCUUCGCCGAGCACGGGAAACGGCUUUCUGAAACCCACGUCCUGCCCGGUUACUUCCACUUGGACGACAUGAGCUGCAGCUCAGAAUAAGGCGGAAAGUUCUUCACCGAACCGAGGGAGGAAAGAUGGAAGUAAGCAAGCCUGGCGCUUACCUGGUCUGCUGCGAACAACGUGCUGCAUGAUUACAACAGCGGUGGGAAGAGAGGAGCGAGCUCCUGGAGAUGAACCCCACCACACACAGUGCUUCUCUGAAGCUCUGAGGAGGAGCAGAAGCACAUCUGCAACAGUGCUGGAAGUUUUUAAACGUUGCCCUGAAAACACCCGAGAAAGCUGCACAUCACAGCAAUUGAGGCUUGUAUUUCUGAUAUACCAUUAUAAUGGUAAGCUCUAACUGCUCCACUGAGGACUCCUUUAAAUACACUUUAUAUGGCUGUGUCUUUAGCAUGGUAUUUGUUCUCGGCCUCAUAGCCAACUGCGUUGCUAUCUACAUUUUUACUUUUACAUUGAAAGUGCGGAACGAGACUACGACGUACAUGCUGAAUUUGGCAAUAUCGGAUCUGCUGUUCGUGUUUACGUUGCCCUUCAGGAUUUAUUACUUCGUGGUAAGGAACUGGCCCUUCGGAGACGUUCUGUGCAAGAUCUCCGUCACGCUGUUCUACACCAACAUGUACGGGAGCAUUCUGUUCCUGACCUGCAUCAGCGUGGAUCGCUUCCUAGCGAUAGUGCACCCUUUUCGCUCUAAGACUCUUCGCACCAAAAGGAACGCCAGGAUUGUGUGUGUGGCGGUGUGGAUCACGGUGCUGGCAGGAAGCACGCCGGCGAGCUUCUUCCAGUCCACAAACCGCCAAAACAACACAGAACAAAGAACGUGCUUUGAAAACUUCCCUGAGUCCACCUGGAAGACCUACCUGUCCAGGAUCGUUAUCUUCAUUGAAAUCGUGGGUUUUUUUAUUCCCCUCAUCUUGAACGUCACCUGUUCUACCAUGGUCUUACGGACUUUGAACAAACCGCUUACAUUAAGUCGGAAUAAAUUAAGCAAGAAAAAGGUACUCAAAAUGAUUUUUGUCCACUUGGUGAUAUUCUGCUUCUGUUUUGUGCCUUAUAACAUCACCUUGAUACUUUACUCUCUGAUGAGAACCCAGACGUGGAUUAAUUGCUCGGUGGUGACUGCGGUUAGGACUAUGUACCCUGUCACCCUGUGCAUCGCCGUUUCAAACUGCUGUUUUGAUCCUAUAGUGUAUUAUUUCACCUCAGACAAUCCAAAAUUCGAUAAAAAACAACAGGUUCACCAGAACACGUGAUAACAGGUUCUCUGAAAUGCCACUGUCAGAAAACUUUCUGCAACACAGCUUUCAGACCAUAAAAAUGAAAAUAUUUGAUAGUGACUCUCCAAGAUAAACUGUAUUAGGAGACUGUUGGGACUAAACUGGAAUUAGAAGCCUGCACAUUUCUUCAGCUGUGAAAAUAUAUUCUGAUCUGUAAACGUUACUUCUUCAUAUUAGAAAAUGUUUAUGAUAAGACUGUAAAAGUGUUAACAGUACACAGAGAAAGUAUUUUAAGAAUUUCUAUCAGAUGUCUGUUUUAACUCGUUUUUAUAUUAAAAAAAAAAACAACAACCUUUUGGUUUCAGCCUCAGUUACGAAAGUCCAAAGACUGGUUUGUCAAGUCAGAGAAAUGGAAAAUAUUGUUUUUUCCAAAAUUAAAACUGCUUUUUUAAAACAAUCACAUCAAUUCCCAAGUUACUGAAGACAGGGGGGCGAAAGUGAUUGGCUUAUACUACAGACUCCAGUUACUGAUCAUAUUGGUCAUGUAAGUUCAGCUGGCAUGCCUGCUUCUGAAUCUCCUCUUUCCCUCUCCCUCCCUCGCUCCUAACCCCUUUUUCUCCCUGCGGCUUCCUCCCUCAUUACGUUUGUGAGGAGCUUCAGUCGUCGUGCUACAAGAUCUUAAUUUCUCCCAUACUUGCCCUCCACUUUCCAUAAGCAGUAAAUUAUGGACCCACUGCUGUUCCCAUAAAAACAGUAGGUAUCUUCCCCUCCACUAACAUCCCUUUUCUGCACAGCUACAAACCACUCUUUUUCCCGCAUUAUCUAAAUUAACAUGCCUACUUUAACCCCAAUAACACUUAUUCUCAACACAUCCAGCUUUAUACUACUGUUUCUGUUUCAAAACUAGAAAGAAAGACUGUUCUGUUCUUCCACUUAUCUGAUAGAAAUAUUCUUCCUCCACAAGCCUUGUCCUCAUAAAGAAAUUAAAUCUUCAGGUAGUUUAGGGCUUCUGGAAACAUGUCAGAAAAACUGGUUUUUCUUCUCGUCUCUGUCUCAGAUGUCUGUGCAAUUAUAACUACAGGAAUCUCUGAUGACUGAAGCUUUAGGUACAAUACAAGCUUAUUAAACUCUUCUGUAAAAAGUUCUUCAAGUUUUAAGCAAAAUAACAUCCUCCAAGUAAGGUAAUUCAAUCUCUAAGGAGUUUGUUACUAGAAAAAAUAUGACCUUUGGUAACUAAAAAUAAGUAUAUGCAUCAGCCAAAGUAUUUCUUUCAAGAAACUAUUUAGUUUCUCAAAGCAACUCAAGCACAGCAGUGUUCAGAAUGAACUUUCUCUCUCUCUCUCUCUCUCUAUUUCUGUCUGAGAAAACUUUGAUUUUUAACAUUUUAGCAUUUAAAAUCUGAAAUGCUAUUCUCUUGCAAACGUUACAGAGCAUAAAAAUAAAUUACUUGAGGCUGUGCACCGGCAAAAUUAAUCGAGACGCUUUGAAAAGUCGAAGCCAAUGUAAAGAGAGAAGUCUAUUUAUAAUGUUACAAACAGCAGUGUGUACACAGGAGCGUUUUAAAAUGUCCUGCUACGUACAUUUCCUGGCUAUUAAAACAUUAUGUACAUUUUCCUCAAAAUUAAUUUAACAUCCCUGUAACAUUCAAUAAAUACUUAAAAGGUAGAAGUAAGUGUUGGGUUUUCCUCCCCAAGGACAAUGGAGUGAAAAAGCAAAUUAAAUUAGGUUGUCGAUUUAGGGCAGUCAGUUGCAACACAGCUACAGUACUACUAAAUGCACAGACACAAUACUCUAAUUGAGGCACUUUUCAGGGCAGUAUCUCAGUGUCUCAGUGCAGGCCAAAACGCAUACUGGGCUAUCACAGUACAUUAUAGAUAUACUUUAUAUGCAGUGUUUUGGCAUGAUUAUCUUAAGUAAGUUGUACAUUGAAUUUCUAAUUCAGCAGUAUUGAUUACUUGUAGUAUGAGUACCUCAAGUUUUCCAGUUGUAGUCAUUCUCCAUGUCUGGUGAAAGGAAAAUUCAAAUACUGUGAGCUAAACUACAGAUAUAAGCAUAUAAAUCUAGACUAACAGUUGGAGAUGCUUGGGCAAUGCUCUUUGUUGGGAAAUCUUAAUCUCCUGAUUUAUCUUCUAGAAAAAAAUGCAUGAGAAAAAACACUGCAAGUAGAAAACUUCUAUGUUUCUUACACAAGAAGUCACUGAGAAGCCCAAAGUUCAGAAAUCAGAUACAGAUCCGUAAUGUCUUGAAGAGCCUGUUUAGUAUUAGGAAUGACUGGAGAAACAAACAAACAAAAAAAAAAACUUUGCUACUGGUAUUUGUAGUCAGUUACGUUCUUCAUGUAGAAGAGGAACAUCUGAAAUUUAGAGUAUCUGUUACUUGAGAAAUUCCUGAUCUGACCAACUCAGAACAUAGGGAGCAAAAUCUGUAUUCCCCCCACAAAAGCUGAUAUAAGACUAUGCUCCCAGCUGGUCAGGAUUGAAUGCAGUUCUCCUCCCUUUCCAGUUCUGUAGGAAGAUUAUCCUAGAGAGCAGUGGAUAGAGCAACAUUCCAUGGGUACUUUCCUGAACAGCUGCACCCCUUCGGUCUAAUCCUGCCUUUGAUAUCAACUCUGCUGGUAGGAGCUCGUGCCAAAAUUUAAAUCUAGAUGAGGAGUUAAUCUCCUAAGUGAUGCCAAGACAUCCCAAUAAAAAAUGGCUUACACUGACAGAGCUCCCGAGUAUCUGAUAACACACUGCGUGCAGCACUUCCUAAAAGUGCUGUAUUUUUACUGGAAUGGUUACACGGCGGGGUUUCGGAGUCCAUUUUUAGGACCACAUCAUGCAGAUUUGUUCUUUGUAUUUUAGUUUCUUCAUAUACAGAGUGCAGAUACUGCCCACUUCCCACAAAAAUAAAAGCAAUUAAAGUUUAGUCAACUCCUUUUUCGAUCAAAGACAAAAGAGGCAGCAGUUUCUAACUAGACAAUAAACCAAAAGAAAAGGGGAAAAAUAUCAAAAAUAACAUUUGGCAUAUAGUUACUUCAACAACAAAAUAUUUUCCAUCUAAAACUUUUUAUAUAUUUUUUCUGUAUUUCAACUUUAGCCAACUUUAACAUCUGCAGCAUUCUGCAGCAAAAGGUUUGUGUUAGGUAUAUGUAGUGAGAAGCCAUUCUGCAGCAGGUUUGUGUUGGGUGUUGUGGUAGGUAACAAAGCAAAACAAAACCACCACCUUCUGAUUUAAAUUCACUGUUUUCAGUACUACCUCCUCGUUUCUUUUGGAAAAGGCAAGGAGCAUUUGAUUGCCAGACAGUCUUUCUGUAUCACACCUGAUUAUUAUAUACUCCUGUAUCAUUUCUAGCAAAUGGCAAGUGAUUUUCCAGUUGCAACUGCAAACAGCAUUCUAACCAGAGAUGAGAUUUUAGGAAUUACAUUAAGACAGUGAACCCAGAGGUAAUUUCAGAAAUCCCACCUGACCAUGGUAAAUCCUGGCAUUAUUUAUUCUUCCAAGUUAAUUUUUCAGUUUUGUCAAUGACGAGCAGUGCCUUCAUAUUUUUCCAACAGCAAAUAUAUUAUAAGAUUCUGAAACCUGGGCAGACUUGUAAGUCCUGACAAUUUCCUUUAAGCAUCACUGACAAAACGCAGUAUACAUUUCAAAGCUAAUGCAAAAUUUAAAUUUAAAAAAAUAUAUAUAUUCAAAUCAAAUGCCUGGCCUGUACUUCUUAUCCAGUUAUCAGUGCUGAAAACAUUAAGUAUAAAAACAAUUGACAAUCACGGAAUUAGUGUGCGUUCAGAACACAACAGAGCUCGUUAAAGAUGGAUGUAAAUCUAGAAAGCCAUGCCAACAGUGUAACACUUCUGCAAGAAGUGGUAUGGAGGAGUUUGCUCUUGUCCUCCAAUUCUGCUUUGGCACUGAAGUGCUCUGCAGCCUUUUGCAUUUAUCAUCUCCCUCCAUCUCCUGCUUCCUUCUACAGCUGCUUACAAAAUAAGCCCAGUCUUUCCUUCAAGAAAACUAAAAUUAUCACAAAACAUAUAAAUACACAGCAUCUGUUUUUCUAUAAAACUUAUCAUUUUGUUGGAAAAUUAAAGUGCAGGGCUGAGACUUAAAAUCCUUUUCUCUAUUAAGUGAGCAGUCUUCCUGCUCCAGUUAGAACAAAACUAGAAGAAUUAUUAAGAAUUCUUUGUUUGAAUAUGAAAAAGUGAAGCACGAGGAGUAACAAAGAAAAGCCUUCAGCAAAAAGUUCCCAGCUUUAUAUUAAGAGGCAGUUCUUCACAAGAAUAACUUCCCACACACGCGGCUCUAAGAUGUGCCCUACCCUCAUCUUUUUCAAACAGCCAGUUGAUGCCUUAAAGAAAAAACAUCUGAAAGACACCAUUAAUGGGAGGCACCAGGAAUUAAUGCCAUUAUCUUGGGAAAAUAAUAUCAAGUCUGCUUCACAUGAAAACAACUGCAGCUUUUCAGAUGUGUUUUGCUAAAAAUGCUUCUUUAUGAAAGGAUGUACAUAUCAUUAUUUGAAGUCUUCCUCCUGUAAAGCUAUGCCACAUUAGAUCUACUGAUUCUCUGUCCUGGUAGGAUAUUUAUAAAAGCAACUACUGAUGUAAUAAUAAACCGUGGAGAAAAAAAACAACCAAAAAGCCCUCCUGCUUGCUAAGGAGUGGGCUAAUUCACCAUUCACCACAGCACUGAGAGCUACACUGGACUGAAGUUACAAUCAUUUACAAUAAAAACCUUUGGUGUUUUUAUCAAGUAAUGAAGAAAGUACUUGUAGCACCACAGGUGUCUCUUAACAGAGGAAUUAGGUAGCAAAACACAAUAAAUUGAGUGUAAUGUAUAGAUAAAUCUGCAUUUUCAACCACAAUAAAAUUAUCUGUAAGAAAACCA